CUGACUCAUUUCAUCUGAAUAGGGAUGAGCUUUUGUUUUCUUGUUUUGCAUUUGCUCAGUGCCAAGUCUUGUGAAAUUAGUGUAUGCAGGCAGACAGAGAUGGCUGCUCGUGUACAUAACUCGUAUGAUAGUAAUAGGCGAAAGUGGUGCUCUAUUUCGUACAAGAUCAGAUGUUUCUACUCAAAGGGAGCAUUUCUUGUUCUCUUUUGGAUGUCUCUGAUGACCCUCACUUUUACCCAUGUGUAUUUUGUGCUAAUCAAAAUAAUUUUCCAAGGAAUAGUUUAUAGUAUGACACCUUCUGAGCUGGCUUUAGUUCCAGCUGUGCCAUUCCUUCUAGUUCUGUUUGCCCCCAUUGUUGGUUGGAUUGCAGAUGCUCGCUGUGGUAACUAUAGAGUGUUUAGAGUUGGAGCUUGUCUGUUUUUCUUAGCUACCGUAGUAUGCUGCAUUUGUGUAUUGACUUCGUUGAAUGUAACUCAACACAGUAUUGUAUCUCGUGUAGUCAGUAGUGGAAUAAGUCCAAUUGCGUACAUCGUUGGGUUUGUUGGAAUAACAGCUUGUUUAGUGACUGCUCUGCAGCUUGGAUUGGAUCAAAUGCCUGAUGCUUCUUCAGCUAAUAUCACAAGUUUCAUUGCCUGGUUUGUGUUCUCAUUGGCUCUUGGAGAAUGGAUGUUGGACUCGAGUUUCAAAUGUUUUAAUUGUUUUGGAUUUUUUAUUGCACCUAUUUCUCUUUUGACGUUACAAGCAUUCAGCCUAGUUCCAGUGAUUGCCAUGUCUGUACUUUGUUGUUCAUUGUUUCUCCUCGCUCCAAAAUGGCUGAUUAUUGAGCCUAAUUAUUGUCCUCAGUCUCUGAAAAUCAUCUACCAAGUUCUCAAGUUUGCUGCCAAGCACAAGGCUCCCCUCAAUCGCAGUGCUCUCACAUACUGGGAGGAAGACAUUCCUUCAAGAAUGGACCUGGGAAAGUCGAGAUAUGGUGGACCAUUUACUACUGAAGAGGUGGAAGAUGUUAAAACAUUCUUCAAGAUUCUGAUAAUCUCUUUACCCAUUUUCAUAAUUUCAUGCUCACUUUCACCAGAAAUUUACAUGCACAGCUUUUUGGAUAACCCUGCCAAUUGUGAAGCUGAUCUUAUAUCUGCUGUUACUUACAGUCCGACAUGGGUCAUUAUCAUUGUGGCCUUAGUGUAUGAAUUUGCUAUCUAUCCUUUGAUUCGAAACCGGUUGCCUAGUAUACUGAAGCGUAUUGGGAUUAUUUCGUUUCUUGUCUUCAUUGUAAAUUCUGUUAAGUUGGUAUUGGCUACUGUUAUUUUCUCAUACUUUCUGGACCUUUCUCCAUGGUUAAACAUAGCAUAUACUGUUCUCUUUUCAUCGAUAUUUGUGUUCUUAUUGACAAGCAUUCUAGAAUUUAUAUGUGCUCAAUCCCCCUACAAAAUGCGUGGCCUACUGCUUGGAUAUACAAUUGUGCUUUACAUCAUCUCGAUAUAUGUUGGUACAAUACUGAUAUAUGUUUUUAACUCUGUGUGUGUUGGACGGUACUGCCACAUUAUUGAGAAGUCAGUCUUCACUGCUCUGAGUCUGGUUGGGUUUGUGCUCCACUGCCUCCUGGCUACCUGGUACAAGAGGAGAGUGAGAGAAGAGGACUAUGAUGUACACAGAGUCGUGGAGGAGGUCUACGAUAGAUACCUCACACAGAGACCAACCGUGUGAACUAGUGCAUGGCUUCAUUAAUAGUAUAUACCAUACGUUGUAGAAUCAUUUUUUCUCAUAUAGCUCUUUUAUUUUUUCUGUGAUUUAUAGUGUCUCAUGUGUGACAUAAAAUUAUGUGUGUAU